ACAUGAUUGAUUGUUCAUAUUACAUCAUUGCUACAAUGUUAACAUAUACUAUAUUUUUUUUUCAAGUCAUUAAAGAAGUAAUAAGAAAGUGUAUAGAGGUAGUAAAGAAGAAGAAAAAGAAGAACGAGCACGGUUAUUUGUUUAUUUGUUUUGGGUACCUUUAUACAACUCCCAUGAUAUACUUUGUAUUCCCUACUACUAGUGUAUAAUACUCCUUAACAGUAAUAAACGAAUAUUUGUAUAUAUAUAUGCAUAUAUAAUAUACAAUUUUUUUUUUAACUUUUACCUUUCUUUUUUCUUUCU